AUGCAAAUAUUUGUUAAAACAUUAACUGGAAAAACCAUUACUCUAGAUGUUGAGCCAUCAGAUACUAUAGAUGCUGUCAAAGCUAAAAUUUAGGACAAGGAAGGAAUCCCUCCGGAUUAAUAAAGACUCAUUUUUGCAGGAAAAUAAUUGGAAGAUGGAAGAACACUUUCAGAUUACAACAUCUAAAAGGAAUCAACUCUCCACUUAGUUUUGAGAUUGAGAGGUGGUAUGCAAAUUAUCAUUAAGACUCUGACUGGAAAAAUGAUCACCCUUGAGGUUGAAUCUACUGAUACAGUUGAAUCUCUCAAAAAGUAAAUUCGAGAUAAGGAAGGAAUUCCACCAGAUUAAUAAAGACUUAUUUUUUCUGGUCAUUAAUUAGAAGACGAAAAAACUCUUUUGGAAUAUAAUGUAGAACAUGAAUCAACAAUUCAUUUAGUCUUGCGAUUAAGGUAAUAAGCCGUAUCGGAAGAUGGUAAGAUGUAGAUUUUUAUUAAAACUAUAACUGGUCAAACACUUGCAGUAGUAGUAGAAAAUGCAGAUACAAUAGAACAUCUCAAAUAAUUAAUAGCAAAUUAGAUUGGAAUGCCUCCUGAAGAACAAAGAUUAAUAUUUGCAGGAUUGUAAUUGGAUAAUGCUAAGACCAUUUAGGAAUAUAACAUUUAAUGUGAAGCAACACUUCACCUAGUAUAGAAAGUUUAGAAUUGA